AUGGUGAGUGCACCUCUGUUAUUUCUGCUGCUAAUCGAGCAAGCGCCACUCGUCUUUUCAUCACAGCAGGUCCAAGGUAACAAGCCCGCGCAUGUUAUAGGUGUUUCGAAAGAGAAGCAGUACUUGUAUGCAUCAAACGAACCGGAUUCGACCAAGUGGCACUGUUUAAACCGUGCGGAUAUUGUGCUGAACUUAAGCCAGAUUAAUGAUGGGGUUUGUGACUGUCCUGAUGGUUCUGACGAGCCCGGCACCUCUGCUUGCGAUGAAGAUAUAUUUCAAAUGGUAGCGGAGCAAAGUAAUGAGGUGAAUAAGUACUUUUACUGUGAUAAUAAGGGCUUCAUUCCAAGACAUAUACGAAGAUCAGUUGUUGCAGACGGCGUUUGCGAUUGUUGUGAUUGUUCGGAUGAACUACUGUCUGAAUAUAAACCUUUUGAUGUAGGAUCCGAUUGUCCUAAACUAAAAAAUGAAUUUGAUGCUAUGGCUUCUACUGAACUACUUGGCUAUGAAAAGGGUAGGAAAGCAUUGUUAGCAUUGGAAAACAAAUACGGCGUAAAGCCAGAGGUAGAUGAUACGGUUAGUAGUGACAGCUUAGAGAAAACUAAACAACGGCUUGUUGACGACAUAACAUUACUCUCCAAUAAACACGCAAAAGAUAAGGUUAAAUUAGAUCAAGCAAAAAGAAACUAUGUCGAUCAAUUGCAAAUUGAGGAUCCAAUUUUGUAUCAAUUUGAACGAAUGAGUAUGACUGCUUUAACUUCAGAUGUGUAUUCUUCAUUUAAGGUAGUUUCGACUGUGAGCAAAAGUCAUGAAGAUAUCCUGAAAAUCUUAGUUGAACUAUCUGAUUCUUAUACGCGUUCUUUAAAUGAUGAAGUUGUUAAUAACGGUAUCAAGAAAUUCAAAAAACUAAAAAGGCAGGCCGAAAAGGCCAAACUUACUGCGGACAGUGUAAUUGAUGACGACCAACGAGAUAAUCUCAUCUCAUACUUCACAGAGGAAUUACCUCAAAUGUUUUUGGAAAGAGAGUCAGAAUACUCGUUAAGAUAUGUUAUAGGCAAGUCUAACUUUGUCAAAGCAUUGAUUGAGGGUAAAAUUAACUAUACCAACGAUAUACUACAAUAUGUCAAAGAAUAUAGCUCAAUUAUGAACGAUAUUUCCCAAAACUAUAAUGUCAACUUCCAAGAUGCAGGAGUCAAAAACGCUGUUGAUUCAUAUAAGGAUUAUUUGAGUAAAUAUAAUACAUUGAUUGGACACGGCCAAAUAUCUCCAUCAGAAACUCUAUCAAAAUUACUGAAUGAAGUGACAUCAUUCGUUAAUGAGAAUGCACCAAAGAUAUUGUCGCCUGAUGCCAAUGAAGAAGAACACGCUACGAAUAGUAAUAGCGGUGGUGCUUUGGAAGACUUACGUAAUAAGAUUUGGGAUGUUAUACCCAAUCUAGAUCAAUUUUCCUCUAGGGGAAAGCUAAUUACAUUGAAGAAGCAGCUUGACGUUUAUGAAAAAGAUUUUGCUCAGCUAGAUUCAAAAUUACAACUGACGAAAGCUAAACUAACUGCAAUAGAUUUAACGGAUAGAGAACAAGAUGAAGAUAAUAACGCUAUUGUGGGAGAACUGACUAAGCUAUUAGAAGGUAUGGGAUCCCAGUCGUAUUGUAUUGAAGACGUAUUAGACAACUAUUCAUACACAAUAUGUUUUCAGGAACCAAUGAAUCAAGGCACAAUAUACCAGAUUGAAAGUAAGUCUAGCGGUAAAAAGGUCUUGAUUGGUCGUUUCAAGACAUUGGGUAUUGACGCAGACUUGAACAUGAACAAGUACGUAGAGCAUUUGAAGAGGGCAUACAGUGACGAUAGCGAUUUGACUUCACAUUUAGCAAGUAUGCAAGAGGGUGAUGAGAAAACGCAAAAUUACAUAUUCGGCAACUUGAACGAAUUGGACAAUGGGUUUGUAUUGCAAUACGAAAACGGAGACCAGUGCUGGAACGGUCCACAUAGAUCAGCCACGGUAUUCGUCCGUUGCAGUGACACUUUCCAAAUUCGGAGCGUACACGAAGUAACUAAGUGUAACUACAUAUUUGACGUCAGCGGGCCGCUGGGCUGCAACAAAGCCUUUGAAUACAAGCCUCCGAAGUUCAACUUGGCCAAAUAA